GAAGACCUCAAAAACAUUUCCUGAGCUUUCUGCUCCAGGAGGCUGACUUUCUACAGCAUGAAGCCUACACUGUGUUUCCUUGUCAUCCUCAUCUCCCUUCUCUCACUGAUGGUCCCAGGGAACACGCAGUGCUCCUUUGAGUCUUUGGUGGAUCAGAAGAUCAAGGAAGCUUUCAGUCAACGAGAGACUAAGAAGCUCUCCUGCACUAGUAUCACGGCUUCUGGCAGACUGGCUUCCUGUCCUGUUGGGAUGGUUGUCACUGGUUGUGCUUGUGGCUAUGCCUGUGGAUCUUGGGAUAUCCGGGAUGGAACUACUUGCCACUGCCAGUGCGCAGUCAUGGAUUGGGUCACUGCCCGCUGCUGCCAAAUGGUUUAAGAAUAAGGAAGCCGAGAAUCCAGUUUUAAAAUGAUAAGCAUCAUGAAACCAUGAUCUUGACCAGGAAACCCGACUCAUUGUCUUCAUAAUGUAUCCAUAUUACUAAAUAAUUGUUCUUGAAUAAAGACAGAUCUGCA